AUGAGUGACGAUUACUUCGGAGAAAUAUCUCUGAAUUUGACAACAGAAGCAUCGUCAUUUCAGUCUGGCAAGAAGAGAAAGGUCUAUGGCGACAGGAUAUCAAGAGUCCAACAGAGGAAGGAAGUAAAACAGUCGAGUGACAAUUCACAGUUGACUGUAAAACCAAGCAGUGAGAAAACAGUAACAAAACGAAAAUGGGAAGACGAAAGUACUACUGAACAUACUGAAAAACACGGCAACAAGAAGAAGAAGCCAGAUGUUGUCAUAUCGUCUCUCUUCAGAAAGAAUCCAGAAAUUCCACAAGUUCUGAGUGCUGAAGUCGACACAGUUGCCGAAAAUGUGUUCACCGGGGAAGCAUUCAAAGAUUUGCCUCUACAUCCAUUUCUGGUUGCUAACUUGGAGGAGAAGCAAGGCUUUACACAGAUGACAGAGGUUCAGAAGCAGGCCAUUCCUGUGUUGCUGAGACGGAAUGAUGCUUUAAUCAAGUCUCAGACUGGUUCAGGGAAAACAUUGUCCUACGCUGUUCCCAUUGUUCAGUCCCUACAGUCCAGAAAACUGAAGAUAAGAAGAGAUGAUGGACCAUACGCCUUGGUGAUUGUUCCCACAAGAGAGCUAGCACUACAGAGUUAUGAAACCUUUCUCAAGCUUCUCCGGCCAUUUAUCUGGAUUGUACCAGGCUGCCUCAUGGGAGGAGAAAAACGCAAAGCUGAAAAAUCCAGAUUACGUAAGGGUGUCAACAUCCUGGUGGCCACUCCAGGCCGACUGAUGGACCACAUCCGAACCACUAACGUCCUGACCCUAGCCAGAGUCCAGUGGCUCGUCAUUGAUGAGGCAGACAGAUUGCUUGAAUUGGGGUAUGAAAGGGAUGUAGCACAGAUCAUGAAUUCUUUGAAGGCCCAGUGUCCUGACCCACCUCAGACGGUGUUACUUUCAGCAACGUUAUCUGAAGGUGUGGAAAGAUUAUCCAGUAUUACACUGAACAAUCCUGAACACAUCAAUGUCACUGAUGGUGUCAGUCAACCAAUAAGCACCGCCCUCAUCAGUCACACAGUCUCCUCUAAAGCCCAGACAUGGUCACAGGAAGAGAACAGGGACGAGACUUUCUCCGUGCCUUCACAGCUAAAGCAGCAUUUUAUUAUCACCCCAUGCAAACUGCGUCUUGUUACACUCGCUAGCUUGAUCUUGUGGAAGUGUAAAUACACCAAGCCAGCCAGCAAGAUGAUAGUGUUCUUCUCAACACAAGACUCUGUGGAGUUCCAUGCCAGGUUGUUCUCACAAAUUUUGCUGCCAAAAAAGAAGAAGGCUGUCACUGAUCUUGCUGAAGACAGGUCAAAAACAUUUCUUGAGUUUUCCCAGGCAAACAGUGGAGUCUUGCUGUGUACUGAUGUUGCAGCUCGAGGCAUUGAUCUGCCCCAUGUUGAUUGGAUUGUUCAGUACACAUCACCAGGAGCAACAGUUGAUUAUGUACACAGAGUUGGUAGGACUGCCCGAGCUGGGACAGAGGGUCAGGCCUUGUUGUUUUUGAUGCCUUCUGAAGUUGGUUUCAUAGAGGAACUAAACAAGCACAAAAUCAGCCUAUCACAGAUGCAACUGUCCACCAUUUUGAAACCCCUUCUGGCAAAUAUCUCCAGUCUGCCACCAGCAGAACAUGUGAAUACAAAUAGAGAAAUGCCAAGAACUGAAGAAGAAGCUGCCACAUAUCUGCAGGACAGAGCUGAAGAAUGUGUAUUGAAGGACAAAGAGAUGCAUGGUUUGGCAGGGCGAGGAUUUCAGUCGUUCGUCAGAGCAUAUGCAACUUACUCAAGGGAGGUCAAGGACAUUUUCAAAGUCAGUGACCUUCACUUAGGUCAUGUGGCAAAAAGUUUUGCAUUGAGAGAAGCUCCGACAAAAGUUCAUGGAGUCUCUGCCAAGUUUGGAGGGGUGCAGAAGAUGCAGAGGACAACUGAAAAGUCCAGCAACAAGAAACCCUUGAGCUUCAAGCAGGCAGCUUUGAGUGAAUACUCUAGUGGUUUCCAACCGGGCAACAAAAAGGUCUGGGCUAAACCAGGUGGUAUAACAAAAGCCAAGAAAGGAAGAUGA